UUAAAUAUUCUAGUAGGUUAUAUAAUAUUAAUCAAAAACAAUAUGAAUCAGUUCAUCCACUUUGAUCCCUUUUCCUCUUCUAAUUCCUUUGCAUUGGAAGGAGAGAUCCCUUCUUUCCAGCUGUUAGAAGAGCCAGUAAACCCAUCCUAUAAAUUGAACCAACACCUUGAUGAUUUUAUCGGGAUGGGUACACUGAAAGGGCAUCAGCUUCUCAGAGGUCCCGUGGAGGAUGAACUUCCAAAAUUCCAUUUCCCAACUCCUGAAUCACUAGUAAUGCCAGAGAAGGUUGAUAAUAAGGAGAAGGAGUUGAAUGAUACCAAAAGUGUUAAUUCUACGAAGUCGGCUACCAGAGCUAAUAUGACCAAGGAUUCUUCAUGCUCUGCAGAGUUUUCAAAGAAUCUGAGCAACUUUGAUAUUUAUUUUGAAGAGAUUGCUCAGUUACAAGUGAAGGAAGCACCACAGAAAGAUCAAGGUAAGGCUAAUAACUCCCCAGUUGUUCCAACUUUGGAGGAUAUAUUCAAUUUGAAGAAGAGUGAAAAAGUGCCAGAGAAAUCACUAGACAAAAUUGUUGAUGAUCUAAUUCAGACCAAGAAACCUAUGUCUAAUAAACAGGAUUUAUCCAAGAGAGGAGAUGUAGUUAACAAAACCAUUCUCAGAGCUAUGAAGAGGUACUAUUUAACCGAGUUCGAUUCCUUGUACGACUUUUCUUCACUUUCUGAUAAGGAGAAGUUCCAACAAUUUCAUGAAUUAGUCAGAAAGUAUGUCACUCAGGAAAUGGGCAUAUGCGAGAACUUAACGACAGCUGAAUUAGAAGAUACCAUUCUGUUCUUUGGAAGUAUGAUCUCCCACAUUCAUAUGAGGAGAGGGAUCACAGUUAGCAAAAUCAGGACACAAGUGAACUCUGUCCACAAGUGUCUUUACAGUUAUUCACACAAGAAACUUUCUCAGCUCAUGAAACAAGGAGGAUUCAAGUUUGUUCUUGAGGACUUCGUUCAUCAUGAAAAAAUCGACAUAGUCCUUAAUAGCGAGGAAACUAUGUUGAAGCAGCAGGAUCUUUACAGAGAUGCCUGUGUUGCCUUGCUCUUGAAGUGCCAAGAGUAAAUGCUGAGUACAUGUCUACUUUUAAACAUCUUUACAUCUUAUACCCCUAACGGGGAUGUCUAUUACAUACAUUUACCAAUAACAAAAUUACAGGAAUUCUCUUAUGAUUUU